UAGUGAUGACGACUCAUGGUGGUUCACUGGGCCCGGCCACGGGUACAGAUGGGAGCCCAAAUCCACCCUCCAUCCCACCCGCCACGACUGGCUGUGCUGCCUGGAGAAAGGGAGGGAAAGAUGAGAACCCAGCAAGCCCUCGCCUUCCUCCUGCUCUUUGUGAUCGCCUCCGGGGCCUCUGAGAACACCAGCACGUCCCGGGGCUGCGGACUGGACCUCCUCCCUCAGUACGUGUCCCUGUGCGACCUGGACACCAUCUGGGGCAUCGUGGUGGAGGCCGUGGCCGGGGCGGGCGCCCUGAUCACGCUGCUCCUGAUGCUCAUUCUCCUGGUCCGGCUACCGUUCAUCAAGGAGAAGGACAAGAAGGACCCCGUGGGCCUCCACUUCCUCUUCCUCCUGGGGACCCUGGGCCUGUUCGGGCUGACGUUCGCCUUCAUCAUCCGGGAGGACGAGACCAUCUGCUCCGUGCGCCGCUUCCUGUGGGGCGUGCUCUUCGCGCUCUGCUUCUCCUGCCUGCUGAGCCAGGCGUGGCGCGUGCGCAGGCUGGUGCGUCACGGCAAGAGCCCCUCGGGCCGGCAGCUGGUGGGCGUGGCGCUGUGCCUCAUGCUCGUGCAGGUGGUCAUCGCGGUGGAGUGGCUGGUGCUGACCGUGCUGCGCGACGCCAAGCCCGCCUGCGCCUACGAGCCCAUGGACUUCGUGAUGGCGCUCAUCUACGACAUGGUCCUGCUGGCGGCCGCCCUGGGGCUGGCCCUCUUCACGCUCUGCGGCAAGUUCAAGAAGUGGAAGCAGAACGGGGCCUGCCUCCUGGUCACGGCCAUCCUGUCUGUGCUCAUCUGGGUGGCCUGGAUGACCAUGUACCUCUUCGGCAACGCCGAGCUGCGGCAGGGGGACGCCUGGGGCGACCCCUCCUUGGCCAUCACGCUGGUGGCCAGCGGCUGGGUCUUCGUCAUCUUCCACGCCAUCCCCGAGAUCCACUGCACCAUCCUGCCGGCCCCGCAGGACAACACCCCCAACUACUUCGACACGUCGCAGCCGCGGAUGCGGGAGACGGCGUUCGAGGAGGACGUGCAGCUGCCGCGGACCUACAUGGAGAACAAGGCCUUUUCCAUGGAUGAACACAACGCAGCUCUCCGGACAGCAGGGUUUCGCAAUGGCAGCUUGGGAAGCAGACCCAGCGCUCCGUUUAGAAGCAACGUCUAUCAGCCAACUGAGAUGGCCGUUGUGCUCAAUGGCGGGACUAUCCCAACUGCUCCGCCAAGUUACACUGGAAGACACCUCUGGUGAAAGACUCAAGUUCCAGAGAAUAAGAAUCUCUUACCGAUUUUAUUCCCUGGCUGUGUCUUUCUUGAGGGAGAAAUCAGUAACAGAUCCAGGCCGCCACACAGCCAGGAGAUUGGGGAAUCCUAGACAAGGGGAUUUCGUGUAAAUGUGAACACUGCUGAACUGAAAAGCUAACACCGACUGCCCGCCCCCCCCGCCCCCCGCCACACACAGACAAACACACACACACACGUAAUACCAAACCAACCUCAAGCCCCACAAACUAAAGCAACGCUAAUUGCAAAUAGUAUUAGGCUCACUCGAAAAUGUGGCCGGGAAGACCGUUUCAUCCUUGGGGGAUAGAACAGAACCAAGUUCACAGCCGGUGGCCCGGGCUGGUGUUUGGUUGAACAUGGAGGUCCCCACGGCAUGUCCCCUCCUCGACCGCGGUGGCCUCUGGGAGAUGACCGUUUCACUGAGGAGGGCCAAAGGGACCCUGCACAUUUCAAGGGGGGGGUCAGGAGCAGUUCAGGAGGUGGUGGGUGUGAUUCCAAUCAAAUCGUGGGGUGAGCUUUACAACCAGUAGUGGUGGAGGGACCCUGACAUGUGCCAAAGAGGAGAUGCCAUUUGGAAGCUGAAGUGACCGUCACAUUUUUUUAGAGUGUGGUGACCAACCACUGUUCCUUCUAGGGGCCUCUUGCUCCAGCAUGUAUGGCAGGAAAGCAAGCCCGGCCUCCCUCCCUGGUGUUGCCAUGGCAACACUCUGGCUUGGGGCAGCCGCCUCUUCCCUCAACCAUCCCUCCCUCUUUCUGCUCUCUCCAAGCCCUCUCCCAAUUGGAUUCCCACAUUCACUUCAAAAGGUCAAAUGGGGCCCCCAGCUUGAAACCCCCUGGGCUGGCAGGCUGGAAGAAAGGCCAAGCAGAUUUCCAAGAUGACGGCUUGUGGCAGGGUAUCCCGGGUGCCCUCUAGGAUGGAGAGAUGGCACCUUGCCGCCUGGCCUGCAGUGAGCGGUUGGGCCUCUUCCGUGGAUGCAGUGCGAGUCGCAGGGUGGGGCGGGGCACGUAGGGCUUCCUCGCUGCUUUUGGAGGGUGGGGGGACAUUUCUGACUUGGUUUUCCGCAAGUUCCAUGAAAAUGGUUCUCUUCAAAGCCCACUGUUUCUGUCAUGGUUUCCAUCUGUCCUCAGGAAGUCAUUCUUUGGUUCUUUGGCAUUUCGAACAUCUCGGCCAUUCAAAGCCCCAUGUUCUCUGCACUGUUUGGCAGCAUAACCGUAGCAACGAUUCAAAGCAGAGUCUUAACCUGAUGGCACGGAACGUAUUACAUGAGGGUGGGUCCUUCUGCAUACACUCUAAUCACUAUAUUGCUUUUUCUAUACAACAACCCAUAAGCCUUUAACCUUUAAAGAAAAUGAAAAAGGUUACUGUUUGGGGGAAACUGACCUCUUCACAAGCCAAUGUGUCUGAGCUGAGUAUGUUUUAAUAAACCUGACGAUUUUUCUCGAG